GAGGAGGAGGAGUGGCAGCGGCGGCGGUGAUGGGUCUGAGGGGGUGUUGGCGCUGGCGGUGCUGGGUGACGGUGACGGCGGCGGCGGCGGUGGGGUGCAAAGAGAGGGCGGUGGUGUUGAGGGCGGCGGCGGGAGAGAUGGUGGCGGCGACGGCGGUGACGUUGGGGGGAAGGGCGGCAGCGGGGUGGCACAUGCAUCAAUGACUAAGCCGGCGGCGGCGGCGGCGGCGGUUCCCGCGUGCGACAAGGAGCGGUGUGAGGACCUGGAGACCUCUCCCCUCCUCCGCCUGUCAGAUAGCGGCGGUGACAGCGGCAGCAGCAGCAACAGACAUGGGUGCGUGGAACCCAUUACAUCGGCAGCAGCAGCAGCAGCAGCCCCCACUCCUGCCGCCCGCGGCCCCGCCACCCUGCUACCGGUACACGACGCUUCCCUGCACCUCGUCAUGACUCCUCCAGCUCCUCCAACCCCGCCAGCUCCGGCGGCAGGCAGCACACACCCCUCGGCGGCCGCUUGUGGUGCGCUUGCAGCGGCGGCGGCAGCGGUUAGCGUCACCACAGCAGCUCCACCGCUGCGGCGGCGGCUGUGCGAGGAGUGUCGUACGGCGUUGCGGCCCCGAGUGGUGGGCCGCUUCCUCCGUCUGGGCAUCCCGGGGGGGCUGAGCAUGGCUUUUGAGGCGGGCUGCUUCGACAUCUGCACGGUGCUGGCGGGCCGGCUGGGCCCCGUGGCCACCGCCUCGCAUGCGGCGCUGCUGAGCCUGGUCACCCUCACAUACCUGGCCUGCCCCUUCGCGCUGGCCACUGCGGGGGCCAUACGAGUGGGGAACAGCCUGGGAGCGGGCCAGCCCGACGCCGCCCGCCGCUCCGCCCUGCUUUGCAUCGGCCUCAGCGGGGCUUUCAUGGCGGUCAUGGGGGCCGGCCUGUUGGCGGGCAGGGGGCUGCUGGGCCGCCUCUUCACAACCGACCCACGGGUCAUUCGGGUCAUUCGGGAGCUAGCCGUCUUUGCGGCGCUGUUCCAGGUGUCCGACGGUCUGAUGGGCUCCAGCCAGGGGGUGCUGCGGGGCUGCGGACACCAGCACCUCACAGCGCUCUUCAACUUCACGGGUUUCUGGGUGUGCGGGGGGCUGCUGGGCUACCUGCUGUGCUUCCGCGCGGGUUGGGGGCUGCGCGGGCUGUGGGCGGGCAUCAGCGCGGGCGACACGGCCACCUGCGGGCUGAACCUGGGGGCGGUGGGGUGCAUGCGCUGGGGGCGGGAGGCGGAGCGGGCGGUGGCCAGGAGCAAGGCCCUAGCCGAGCAGCAGGAGGGGCUGCUAACCAUGCUGGGUCCCGACGCCUCCUCCUCCGCCUCCGCCUCCUCCGGCCCCACCCCCAGCACCCCAACUACCGCCUUCUCAUCCGCUGCGGCUCCGUCCGGGAACAACUCCGGCAACAGCAGCGCAGGCGACAGCAGCUGCAGCAGCAGCGCCGGCCGCCCCAGGGGGAGUGGGGGGGAUAGCGGUAGCAGUGGUGCCUUGACACGGCUGGCGCUGCAGCUGCAAGGGUGGUGGCGGAGGCGAAAGGAAGGUGAUGGUGGCGGCGGCGGCAGCAGCAGCAGCAGCAGCAGCGGGGGCGGGGCUCAACUUGAGCUGUUGCCGUGAGCUGCUGCCAGAGUGGUGUAGAGGAUAAGAGGGUUAGGACGCGUGGACGGAGGUUGAGGAUUUGAGAGUGAAUAAGAUGGCAGAGGUCUGCGCCGGCAGACGUGGUAGCGGAGGCUUGAGCGCUGGAGAAGGUGCUUUGUGAUGCCGUACGAACUGAAAUCGAUGUGGGUUAGGGCAGUGGUACAACUGCAAAAGUAUUUUUUAUCGUUGCGGAUAUAUGCUGCGAUGGUCACGUGGGAGGCUGUAAACGUUUACCAGGAGGGGUUUCUAUGCCCGCUGCGCAAUUUGUACGGCAACUGUACGAUAGGAUACGAAGAGGGAGCUCACGUGCAAAUUUUUUUGGUUGGCUGCUUGUGAGGUGCUCAUUCUUGCAGGGGGAAUGUGGCAGCGUGGUUGCUCUGGGGCCAUCGUGUGUCACGGAAGGUUGUUCUGGUCCUUAUCCGGGAAAAUUGGCACGCCCUUAAUUGCUGUUAAGCUCUGUAGACGUGAGGAUGCAGACAACUGUGCGAUGCUCUUUUACUUACACCGUUGUUUCUUACUUGUUGAACCAGGGUUACUUUAUCACGGUAUUCUUUCAUUAGUUCGGGUCUACCUUUCCAACAUUUUGUACGGUAUGUGGCGGCCAUCUCCGUGUUUCACGACAUUGGCGAAGUAAUCCCUAGCUGCCAUUUGCGGCGAAAGAUCCUUAUGACCCCCCUCGUCAACUCUAGGGCGGGGGUUUGCGCGUUUAAGUCGUUCAGGGUUUCAGGCCACUGCUGUGGAUUACUGCCGUAUGCCGAAUUGCAAUGGCACCUCUUAACCCGCGUCGUCCCUUCCGUACUGUCUUUUCCAGGCUUUGGUCGUUGUGGAUAUGGUUGGUGCGGCAAUUUCCUGGCAGGGCAUGUAGUUCCUUACGCACGGUAGUUGUGAGUAAAGCAGAACUGCAGUGGAUGCCCCCUUGUCAGCUUACCGUACCGUACCGGGCACUCCUAUCCUAGCAUCAGUCAUGAUUACCCAACUGCUGUACGACCGCCCCUGUCGUGCCCCAACGCUGGUUUGGCCCUCUAGUGCCACCGGGGUCCGCACUGGUUCCGUCUCUGCCUCCCGUAACCGGAAGGCGCACUCCUAGUCUUGCUGUAGACGUAGAGCGCUCCUCAGCGCCUCUCGUCCCGUGCUGGGGCGGGCUUCAAGACGGCUGAGCCGCGGACUGACCAGGCCCACGGGGAACUGAUAACCUACUGUCUAUUUUGACUGCUACGUUGGGCUGCCCAACGCUUGGGAGAUCGCUGUUUGUGACUACGUUUAAGCGCGCAU